AUGAUGGACGGGAUCUCCACAGCUCCGAUGCAACAAAAGCGCCGUGUUCUUGGGGAUGUCUCGAACGACCCACAGAAUCGGUUCAUCAAACGAAAGCAUUCGACAACCCCAUCCUCGGUCCACCAGCCCCUGAAGAAGAAGAAACCAACGUUGACCACAAAGCCAGAAACAUUCAGUGGAAAGCCGAUAGAAACCAAAGAGUCCAUCCUGACUUCUCUCGAGACACACAAGGGCAAAAAUACUUCUGCUGUUCUCACGAACGAUCCUUCCAGCAAGACGGAGCAUGACCCAUCGCCCAGCAACGACCCGGAAGACGACUACGUCGAAGACAUCUUCAAGAACUUGCGCGCUACUGAAACCUCCAUCCUUCCCUACAUGUCACUUCAACCUCAAGUUGACCGUGAAUCGCGAUCUGCUCUGGUGGAAUGGCUAUUGCACUAUGCCACACGACUGUCUCCCGAGACCUACUUCCUAGCCAUUGAUAUUCUAGAUCGGUUCCUGGCCAAGAGACGCAUCCGGGAGUCCAGCAUGGUUGUUACUGGGGUCGCUGCACUCUUGAUUGCCUUCAAGUACGAACAAGUCGGCUAUGUGCGUGUUCGACGGUUCCUUCGCGCCAUGGGAUUGAAAGCUUCCAUUACUUCGACCGAGUUGAUCCAACGGGAAACACUGAUUCUCGAGACCCUGAAAUACCGAAUUACCUUUCCAAGCCCCUACAGCUUUUUGGUCCGCUACCUACGAGUGGCUUCCCAAGCCAAUGAGGAACUAGCUCUUUCCGUCCUGACGCAGACGCUUCUCAGCUAUGAUCUUCGACGUCGAUUCAAGCCUAGUCAACUGGCUGCUGCCUCGGUCUUUUACGCCUUGGGGAAAGAACGAAAACGCUCCUGGUCUCUUGAUCUAGUCAUUUGCUCGCAGUAUCCUACAGUCGAAGUGAAUCGAAUCGCAAAAGCCAUUGUUGAGACUACGAAGAAGUCGGUUCCUCCAAAGAUCAAUGUUGCCAACAAGAACAAAGCCUAA